GACACCACCCUCCUAGCUGUGACGGGGUGGGAGGGAGUUGCCUGACGUGCGUUCAUGCUUCUCUCCAGUCUGUCUCAGGGACAUGUGUGCGAAUGAGUAAUCUUACUACAUGGAGCAAGCCAACUGACUGAGUUCAACAAGAGGAGACUGGAGGAGCCUACAUUUCUGUAAUCCACAGACAGAUCUCAGCUGAAUGACAAGAUGAUGAGAUACAAAACUGCGUCCACCGUCACAACAACAUCAGAGCCAGGCGCUGCCCCCAAAUCUGGGAGCAUAUGUCGACUGAGACUCACUUUGCCCGCUGAUGCCAAUGUACGAUCAGAGCAGAAAGAAACCAAGAAUGAAAAUCAAAUACAUGUUGAUAUUAAAAAUACAGCAGAAAGAAGGAAAAAAAGAAAUGGCUAUACAUCUGAAAGGACCCCAUCAGAACCACCAACCCUUCACCUUUAUACUGUGCCUAGAAACACUCCAUCUUCAGGAACGCCUUCUCAUGGUGUAGUUUAUGGAGUCGUGCAAAGGUCUGAAAACAAUCAACAGAAUGAGGUGGUUGUUUAUGAAUGGUCAUCCCAUCAGCUGAAGGAAGAAAUGAACUACAUUAAAGAUGUGAGAGUAACCCUGGAAAAAAUCAGAGAGAAGAUGUUUGGAGAAUAUGAUGAUAUGAAAGAGAAAAUGAAACGUCUCACACAAGAAAUGAAAGUUUCAACAGCAAAACAAGAGUUGUUGGAGCACCAUUCCCAGACUCAAGCAUCUGCCAUAGACCGUUUUGAUUCCAUUAAUAGCUCUUUAAAUGCUUCCUCCUUGGAUAUGCAGAAACAAGUGGUGGAUAUGACCCUGGAAAACUGCAGCAUUAGAGAUGAAGUGAAAAGCCUAAAACAUUCCUAUGACGUGUCCUUAGAUAAAUUAAAGGAAAAACAGAAGCUGCUGGACGCUGCACAAGCAGAAAAUCAGCAAUUAAAAAUCAAGAUAGAAUCCUCUCAUGAAGCCAAUGCUAACGUCUUAAGAGAGAUGACAAGAAAAGUGUACAGUCAGUAUGAACAAAAGCUCCAAGAAGAGGAACUUAAAUAUAAUGCAGAUAAAGAAGUUCUUAUUGCUCAGGCAAAACAGUACAUAAAGGCUGUUGAAGACGCCAGUGAGAAGGUCCAAGUAGCAGAAUCCAAGAUAGAAGAACGCGAUGCAAAGAUUGCGGAACUUGACAGCUUAGUCCACAGAAUGCAGCAGGAAAGGGAACAUCUACAAGUGCAAUUAACAAGCCAUGAAGAGCGAAUACAGAGGCUUGAUGCUAAAAUGGAGAUAACCGCAUCAGAGAGAGCAAGGACACAGAAUUUAGAAGAGGCUGCAACAAGUUUACGAGAGAGAAUCAAGCACCUAGAUGACAUGGUUCACUGCCAACAGAAGAAAGUAAAGCAUAUGAUUGAAGAGAUUGAGCUUCUAAGGAAAAAGGUCCACUACAAAGACUUGCUUAUUCAACAGCUGCUGGAAAGGAUAGCACUUUUGGAAGGAGAGAAUAAUGAAUUACAAGACAAGAUGGAGUAUUUAAUGGCAAAUCAGCCAAAGGAAACACCGGAGACCAAAGAUGCAGAGACAUCCUGUGAUCUCCAACCGAGUGUACCUGUGAGCAUACCAAAAACUCCUACAGCGCCAAUCACUGCAGAUGUAUCCAUGAACACACCAGCAAGUACAAGCAAUUCAGAGAUUAAUGGUUGCAGAGAAAAUGGCAUUGAAGUUGAUGGAAAAGCACCUUAUCAAAGGGCAUGCACCCCUUACAUGAGGGUCUUGCAACUGAGUAUGAGGAACAAGGUGUCCUAAAUUGAAGAUAUCCGAAGAGGAAACACAACUUUGCUUCUGCUAAUUACUCAACUUAUACAUUCAAAGACUGCUAUGAUGAGAGAUCCAAAGAGUUGAUUUUAAAAGACUAAAGAGCUUACAAGUGUAUGGCCGGUGCAGAUAUGUCAGGGAAGAAGAUGCUUUAAAUUUAAAGGAUAAAUGCAGUUUUCGAUCACAUGCCAUGCUGAAAUAAUUAAACCUGCAUAGCAAAAUAUUAAAUGCAGUGCAGUAUAUUUCUGUUGCACAAACCACUUUACACUGCUAGGCUAGAACAGCGCUAUCACAUGGAAAUGUUUCCAUCAGCUCUGUACCAUUCAGUGGGGUGGGAGUCUACUGGGUGAAAAUGAUGGUGUAAAUUCUGUAUCUGACUGGCCAUUAUUCAUGAUGAAUCAGCUUUUUCAUAUUAGCUGCCCACCACUUGUGAUAUAGGGAAGAGCUUGGGUUUGGUCCGAACCUGGCAGGAAGCUGUUCGUGGCAGCCCAAUCAGCUGCAGCCAGGGUAUUCCGUAAACAUGGUCAUGGGGUCGUAGUCGAUAAAUGAUUAAGUUAAUGGCAUUAAACUAAUACAGUAUGGCCAAGUGGUCAUACUAGGUCAAUGAUGUUAUGAGCUUUCCUGUCUCUUUAAGUGCAGCUGCAGGACGGGGAAUGCCCCAGCCUCAGCUGAUUGGGCUGGCACUGACAGCAUCCUCCAGGGUUCAGUCUGAACAUGGGUUUUGAUUGAACACAGGCUCUUCCCUGCUAUGACAGGAUUUAGAGCCAAGGAAAACCCUGCAUCAACCCUGUGCACACCUAGCAGUGAUUAGUAAUAGUGUUGCAUCACAAAAUUAUAUUUACCAUUUUGCUAUGUAAAGCUUAUUAUUUGGCCUGGCAAUGUACUUACUAAUUGCUGUCAUUUUUGUAUCUGGUGCCAAGCUCACAAGAAAUAAGCCAAAAAGGUGUUAAAGACUGCCCAGCAUUAUGUACCUGCUGCUUUAGCAAGGGCUACCAGCUGUGUAGCCUUCUUUUUUAUGUCACUAUCUUAAUAGUAUUGUCCUCUGGUCUCAUUUUUACCAACCAAGCUGAUAACAACAUGCUGGUUAAAAGGCAACCCUAGCUUCAGCUAUACCUUGUUGACAUUCACACCUUGUUUUUGCUGCACUCCAUUGCAUGUCUAUAACCUAAAUCUCUGCCAACAGUUCAGGAAUUCAUUCAUUGUAAAUAAAAUGCACUUCAUUGUAUUGUAACCAUGAACAAAAUGUAUUAUUGUACUUUAUGCAAUUUUAUUCUGCCAAACAAGGUUUCACGAGUCCAACUUGGUCAAAUAGAGGCUCACCAAUACUCUUCCUUUCCCUUCAUUAAGAAGUAAGUUUGCACUGAAGAUGUAGGAAUAGAAACAGACAUAAAUAUUUCAGUUACAUCUGUUAAAAUGCAUUAAGAAUUUUAAAAGAGGAUGUCAUACAAAAAACACAUUCUUGCAGGCCUGCAAAGAUGAACGUAGUGCUGCUCCUACCCAGUGAGUAGGGUAAUAGGGGGGUUUCAAUAUAGAAGCCACGUACUUGGGGAUGCUUCCAAUGACCAAUAUGUUUUUUUAUAGGUGAUUGGACAUCCUUCACAGAAAGGUCAUUAUUUAAAAUGUUGAUUGUGUGGAAUACAAACACCAAUUGUAAACAAGAAUCAUUGGUUGGGCAAGAUACUGGUCCAUGUCUACUAAUGACCAGGCAACAGGGCCUUGUGCAAAGCCACCAUACACAAUAAUCUGCACAGUCAGUGCUAGUCUUAUGGUGUUAAUCAUGUAAUUUACAGCUUGGAAGGAAGGACCUUGACUAUUGGAAACAAACUGUCUAUCAUUGGACUAUUGGAAACACACCGUAUUAUGGGUGCUUCAUCUGUGUUUUCUACAAUCAGCAUUGUAAACAUUGCUCUGUAUUAUACUUAAAGUAAUGGAAAAAAAUAUAUUUUUGCAACAUCUCUACUAAUUAUUUUUUGUUCAUUUGUUUGCAUCAGAAAUACGUUUUCCCACACAUGUCAAUGGGAAUGCAGAAGGGUCAAUGAAGCAUCUUUAAUAUAGCUUAGAAGUAGGUCACAAGCAGGUCAAAAGAAGGUCAGAUGAAGGUUGAGUGAAAGUGAAAGUCGGAGGGAGGUCAUUCUCUUUCAGCAACAUGUCUGAUGGAGCUUAGAAGGAUCUCUGGAACUUGAUAAAUUGAUCUCAAAUGAAAACUGAAUGUACCCGAACAUAAGCUGCAUUUUCCCAUCUACAAAAGCCCCAACAGGGAAUUCGAAUUUUCUACUUAGAAUCCAAGCUCAGUUUAGGCAAAAUGUCAAACCAGCCUGUAGCUGUAAUAAGCUUUGCCCACUAAAUUUAUAUACACCGCCAAAUGUCCUAAAGCAGCUUUUCUCAAUCUAUUCAUCUGUUCUUGUCUCAGAGAACCCCUGCUAAAAAUAAUUUUACCUAAAGUUUGUGGCACAUUAGAUUUAUAAAUAAAUGGUAACAUUUAUAAAUAUAAGAAUAACAUUUACUGCAUAUUUAGCACAUUUGACGGUGAGGGCAGAUCAUUUUUACAUCCUCCAUCAAUGCUCUGUACAACAAUAAUCUGGAAAUCAAAUGAAUAAUAAUAUUUGGAAAGGAAAACAGACAAUACAAUUUUGUGGUGCCCCCACAAAAUUGGUGGCCAGUGUAGUACCGUCUUGCAUUGGUGAUCACUGGUUGAGAAGUAGGAGAUCAAUUCACCAUCAAUUACUCAAGGAGCCCCUAGCAUCCUCGGGAGAAUCUACAGGACCCGGGUUGAGAAAGGCUGCUGUAAACACAAGUUUCAUAAGUGCAAAAACUUGUUCUGUUCUAUGUGCACUGCCUGAGAUUCAGUUAACUUUGAACAGUUUUGUAUUUAUUGUCAUUAAAGCUGUCUACUAAUUAAAUAGUAAUGCAUCAAUGAUGUUACAAGUAUAUUGUUUGGUGAAAUCACGAACUUCUGAUGUGCAAAAUAGAAGAGAAAGCGGGUGUGCAGAAUUUUGACAGCACCAAAUAUUACACACAAUAGAAUGGAUACAAUUUACAUAACUUUAUUAUUAACAG